UUGAGUGUGGUCGGUCGUUUUCAACUCGAUUGUUUUUAUAAAUUGCUAUAAAUUGGGAAAUAUUUCAGUCGUUGUUAAAAUUAGAGCGGUAAAACAUAAAAUGAUUCCAGUAAUUACAAGCAAUGUAAAUUUUCAAAAGCUUGUCAUAAGUACAGGCAAUAUAUUGAAUACAAGUAAUCAGCAAAUCGGAAGUAGAUCGAAUGAAGAAUUAAUUGACGGUCUAAAAUUAACUUUACAAGCAAAUGAUAUCAACCAUGUGGUAUUAGAAGAAACUAAAGGGCAAGUGCUGCGUGCAACGCAGGAGCUUAAUGAAAAACUAACAGAGAAUCAACGGCCAGAUAUUAGCAUUGGAGCAAAAAUUUUCCUAAAUAAAAAUUCAAAAGAAUGCAUCGAACAAGCCAUUACUACACUUCUACAGAUUUUAAAUGUAGAACACGUAGAUAAUGUGGUAUUAGCAUAUCAUCCAAUACCUCAGAAUGUAAUAAAUUCAGCACCAACAACGCCAGUUGGUACACCAGCUGGAGAGAAAUUUAAAUGGCAUAGUCGAAACGAUCAAACAGUAAGAGAAUUAAAGGAGCUAUGGAGCACGCUAGAGACAUUUGCACUAAAUAAGCAAAUUAAGCAAUUGGGCAUAUCCGACUUAGACAUAGAAACAUUAUCGCAAUUGCAUGCAGGCGCACGAGUGCCACCCACAAUUGCACAGAUAAAUUUAUCAUCGUGUUGUGUAGUGCCACCAGCACUGCAGGAAUUUUGCAACAAACACGACAUACAACUGCUGACACACAGCGACCCAGAAAUAUUGGUAUCUGAUGAACAAUUUAUAAUACCCGGCUUCACGGUUGAUUGGACAUUAAGGUACCAAGUGCAUGUACGCUGCCGAGGCGUACUCACUGCCAAAGGUUUCAUACUAGGCGCUCACGAUGUGGCCACAAAGGCCUGAAGCUUGCUCACAUAAUAAAAUCAUUGAGUUCUAUAGCUUGUAAGGCUCUUGGCACUUUUUCACUUAAAAGAUCAACUCUCGAUCUACACUGUAGUAUGUACUUAUUGUUUGUUAUAUGAUUUAUAUUUUGUUUAUUAAAUUGAAUACAAUUAAUUGAUCUUACUAUCAAACGAAAUCUGCAGACACUUAAAGCAGUUGCAGUUGCACAAGUGCGCUUAGUUAAAAGUUAAAAUAUUUAAGAUUUUAUAUUAUUUCACGUGAUUUGUGAUGAUUAGAUUGUAUAGAUUUUUUAUCUGCUAUAUAAAGAACAUGCACCGGAUUUUAGUGUAUUAAUCCAGAGACGCAACUUAGUUAUACAUACAGUAGUAAUACAGUAAUACAGUAAUAUAUAAUUUAUGAUCAAAGUGUUGGUAUUUCAAUAAUUUUAUUUAAUUUUUAUUUAUUGUACA